AUGUUUAAAAAAAUAGAAGACGUAAGUAACAUUAAUCCCCUUAAUAAAACGGCAUAAAAAAAACUUAGGGAGAAAAUAAUAGAUGCAUUUCCAUUAUUGGAAUCGGUUUUGGAUGAUUUUAUGCCCAAAAAAUGCACUAUAAAUAGUCAAAAGUUUUAUACUUAGGAACAUAAAUAUGAAUUAUUUUGGGUUGAAAAAUUUCCUGCAUUCUUUAAAAAUGAUAAAGAGGACGAAUUAUUUCCCACAGUUAGAUUGAUUCAUAUGUACCCCGAUUUUUUGCCAAGAAUGUAAACGGAUUCAGGUGCUAUUAAAUUCAUUUUAAAUGGAUCAAAUGUAAUGUCUAAAGGUUUAUAGACAUAAGGCGCAUUUAUUGAUGAGUCUGUUUAAAAUAGAAGUAUUGUGGCUGUUUAUGCAUAAGGAAAAGAACAUGCUAUGGGAGUCGGGAAGUGUACUAUGAAUGCUUAGGGUAUCAGGGAAGCUGAAAUCGGAGAAGGGAUUAUUAUGUAUCAUAUUAUUGGAGAUUAAUUAUGGCUUUUAUAAGAACCUAAAAAAAAGUGA